AUGGAGGCUUUAGCUGCGAUCGGUCUGGCGAGUAACGUCGUUCAAUUUCUUGAGUUUACAGGGGAAAUCGUCUCUGCUGGAGUAGAAGUCUACCAUGCCGCUGAUGGUGCAAAAGCCACUCAUCGCACCCUUGCAUCAAUGACGGAAGAGCUUGGUCGGCUUUGUGAAAGUCUUACGAAGACGGAUCAGUCAGCUAAUAGCGAGCAACCCACCACCUCUGAUUUCCGGUUGAGCAUGCUGGCGCGAGCGUGCUGGGAGCUCGGAAAUCAUCUACUCACAACUUUAGAGCGCCUCAAAACCAAAGAUAGGCAUAGAACAUGGGACAGUGCUCGUCAAGCUCUAAAAAUCGCCUGGAAAGAAAGAGACAUUCAGAGAUACAAAUCGCAGCUAGCCGACUACAGGUCUCUGAUAACACUCCAUUUGUUGACGAAAAUGACAGAACGGGAAAACAACCGCCCAAACAUAGCUCCGAAUCACCCCCAGCAGAAGAAGAUAAAUGAGGCCUUGCGUAGCCUUGUAAAUAGUCAUCGAGAGCUACGACAGAGUGUUACAGAAGACUUCAAUCAGCUUAGGGACACUUUUGAGCAUUCUUCAAUGCAACACUCCUUAACCUUGGCACGCAGUCUAAGAAAAACUGCUUCUCUAUUGUCUGGAAAUGGCUCCGAGCUAUAUGGCUUGGCUAGACGAGGCCGUCUCUUUGAGAAGCAGGCACAAAUCCUGAAGAAUUUGCGGUUCACUCGAUUUCAGGAGCGGGAAGAGAACAUCAAAAACGCCCAUGCCGAUACUUACGAGUGGCUUUUUGAGUCAAAAUCGCGGAGAAGCGGCUUGGACUUUCCAAAUAUUCUUGAGUGGCUUCGAUCUGGAUCGGGCACGUACUGGAUCAGUGGAAAGGCCGGGAGUGGGAAGUCGACUCUAAUGAAAUUCUUCUACAAUAAUCCCACGACAAGAAAGGCGUUAAGACAUUGGUCGGCACACGAUCGACUCUGUGUUGCGCGAUUCUUCUUCUGGAACGCCGGCACUGUAAUGCAGAAAGGCCAGCUUGGACUGCUACAAUCAAUGCUCUACCAAAUAAUUCAACAAGAGCCUGACUUGAUGUCGAUUCUUUGUCCAGUCCGCUAUGCUGGAGAUCAGGAGCAUGAUCAGCCUUGGACAAUUACGGAGGCAAUUGACAGCUUCAGAGUGCUGAAAGACCAGAGAGUUUUGUCCACUAAAUACUGCUUUUUCAUUGAUGGGCUGGACGAGUACUCUGGCGAACACGUUGACAUCAUAGAGGUCAUGAAAACCCUCGUUGCAACAAAAGUCGUGAAAAUUUGCUGGUCAAGCAGACCUUGGAACGUCUUUGAGCACCACUUCGGAGACAACCAAGGGCAAAAACUACAAUUGCAUGACUUGACCAAAAGGGACAUUGAGCAUUUCACCAUGUGUAGUCUCCAAAAAGAGUCUCCGUUCUUGGCCAUAAGCGCUGACUUUCAGGCUCUUGUUCGUGACAUUGUAGAGAAUUCUUCGGGUGUCUUUCUGUGGGUGUUCCUUGUCGUGCGAUCUUUAAGACGGGGCAUGACUAACCGAGACACUCCAACCGAGCUUCGUAAACGCCUGCUUGAGCUUCCCAAAGACCUUGAAAUGUUCUUCAAGCACAUACUUGAUACCUUGGAAAAAGUUUAUCAAAAACAAGCGUCUCGAAUAUACUUGAUAAAGCUUAUGGCUGACGAAAGGGAGCUAGGCGUCAAAGACAUUGCGUGGUUCAAUCGUGACGAUCCUGACUUUGCCCUCGAUGACGCACUGGUCAAGUCUUACGAUAUUAACCAAGAGCGACUAUUCAAGCAAACAACCAUAAUAAGAGUACUGGCACGCUGUCAAGAUCUUCUGGAGUUCGGGAGCCACUCACAAAUUCAGUUCCUGCACCGGACAGUGAAAGAUUUCCUAGAAACUGCAGAUAUUUAUCGCCAGCUCCAAAUGUGGGCUGGCGAAGAUUUCAAAGCUGAGUUGUUUAUGUGCAAUUCUCAACUCUUGAAAAUCCGAGUUGAUGUACGGGCCUUUACAACCAACCCUACACAUCUGUUGCUAGAUAGCUUUCGGCGCUAUGGCGACAUCAAAAAUUCGCUGCGCAAUUUCUUCCACUUUCUACAUUACAUACAGUCCGAUAUUACGUCCCUCCGUCCGCUACUCUCUUCUCUUGACCAGACGAUAUCGCAUUUUUCAUCUUUAACAACUGUUACUUCUCCACACGCUACACUGCGUCAUUACCCUGGGUGGCUUGCCGAUCAAGCAGCUUCAAGUAAACAAGUUAGGCACUUGCUUGACUGCGGCGCAGAUCCAAACCAACGGCUUGGCCACCGGGAAACAACGAUUUGGGAAGACUAUGUGGCUACCUUGCCCUUCCCUGAGUCUCGGGACGACGCCACAGUUGCAAUCAUCCAGACAUUCAUUGGGCACAAUGCAGACCGCGAGACGCUUCGCGCAGCACGCGCAGAUCUGUUGAAUGAUCCAUUAGAGAUUGAUACCCAAGAAGGGUCAAAAUUCCACGCGUUGCAGCAAGAGACAUUAAGUCAUAGACCAUCAGAAGGACCGCCAGCCGACGGAGCCCGAUCAGGUCUUCACCAACAGGCCAAAGCGACUCAAGGAGAACAGCACCUACAUUUUGCCUUGUUGACGAUUAUUACGGACCUAGAGUUGCCAGCAGUCCUGUAG